AUUGUCCAAACCAAUUCAAGAAUAUAAUUUAAAGCCAAUUAAUUUAAAAUCUUGACUGUUGACGCCUUAGCAAAAGUUGUGUAGAUUUGGAGGAUGUGCUGAGACGUAAAAGUAUCAGUAGUUGAAGAUGACGGGAAUGAUUCAAUUGGUUUUCUUGCUAAGUCUGUUUGAAUGUGUGCUUAUGCAAGUUUUGGAUAUAAGUCCAGAAAUGAUGCAAGACAUCAAUUGCGACACUCCUGGCUUCUCUCGGGUUGGUGCAAUGAUGCUUUCCAUGAAAGACUGCGUUUUCAUUGUAUGCGAUCCCGGUAAUCCUGAUGCCAGAAGAAGGAAGUUUGCAAUGGGUUGUUCGGAAACCGAACAAGUAGAUACAAACAAAUUAAAAGAGAACGAAAUAUUCUACCCAUUCUAUUGUCUAAAACGGGAAAAUAGAUUGGCAAUUCGCUCUCCAUUGGAUUGCCUUGCGAUAAGGAGGAAACAGAUUUGCAAAAGAAAAGAGAAUACGAAUAUCAAUUGUGGACCUACUUAUGAUGAUUUGAAAGGUAACACCAAUGAUGGACUGAGUAAUGAUGACGUUAUUUUUGGUGAUCCCCAUAUCUGGCAAAAGGUAGCAGGCGGUGAAGAUGGCCCUGGCGAAACCCUAUGUUACGAUAUUUCGGGGAAGGGAUCGUUCACAUAUCGACUUCUUUCUGUAAAACAACCUGCAAUAGACGUGGAUAUAACCCUGACUACAACAGCAGAUGGAUCUGAUUCUAAAUUGAUAGAAGCUGUUACCGUUGAAACGGCCUUUGAAAUUAUUCGUGCAUCGAAGGAUGAACAUGGUAGUCUGCUGUAUACAGUCACCAAUAAAGGAGACGAAAUUAGCGCAGCGCAUGGAAUAAGUGAAGACGAAAAAACAGUUGUGAUUGCAGUGGAGCGAUUUCAUGUGAAGCUUAAAUGCGCACGCACAUAUAUCGUCGUUGAAGUAUCUGACGUCACUAAACUUGGUGAAAUAGGUGGAAUAAUGGGUGAUAUCUCUGAGUCGAUUAAGUCCCUUGACAAUGGGGAGUUGAUUUUGAAGGACGGGAGUAUGCUAAAUGCUGUGAAAUCCAAAUGGGUUGCAUUCACAAUUAGCGACCACGAGGAACAUCAUUAUGAAUGCUGGAAGGUUGAAAAUAUCGUGCCUGAUAUGGAAAAAUAUGAGCAAGCACCUUGAGAAAGACACAUUGUUGUAAUUUUUUGCUUUUUUCGAAUAAAUAACUAGUGAGAAAUCAACUAAAA